UUAAAAAUAUUUAAUAAUUUAUUUAAGACAAUCUUUAAAUAUAAUAACAUACUAUGAACAAGCCUUAAUGUGCACUCAGUGCAAGCAACCGAAUUCGCUAUAAGAAACAAUCCGAGCGAUAAUCUCUUUGUAUAGUUUAAUGGCGCGUUCAUCUAUUUAAGAUACACUAUUGAAUGGUUUGGAUCAACGAGAAAAAGAGAGAGGAAGAGGAGAGAUAUACGACCAUCUGUUUCUUGAUUAGUAUUAAGGUUGGAGUUAUCUUACGCAUACGAAACAUUGAAAAAUACAUACGAUAACGAAAUACAUAAGCAAGUUUUUCGUACUUCUUUUUUGAAAUUUUUCAGUUACACAAUUUCAGUGCUUAAGAAUUAUACGAUAAAAAAUGUCAAUUAAACACGGUAUUAGUCGGCAUUAGAACGACGUGUUUAUAGAAACGCGAUAUUCGUCGACAUGUUACAAUUACAGUUUGAAUUAGAAAGUUCAAGUACGUCCGUAGUUGGCGCUUAGACUUCGGUAAAGUAUAGAGACAUAUAUACAGAAUUUAGACUCGUUCCUUAGACUGGUUUGAAUACUUUCUCGUUACGGUUCUCUUUCACGUGUUCUUCAAUCGAUUGUAAAACGAGAGCAUAAAUUUCAUAUUAGCUUUGCGCGUUAAACGCUCGACAUGCCCUUGUUCCUAUAUGAUACGUUAACCAGCGAGUAUCUGGACAGCUGUCGUCACCGUGACGGAUCCCACGGAGACACAUGCGCGCAUUCACUAUUUUACACUGUAAAACAGUGAUUGUUCCUCAAGCUGCUUCAAAGCUGUUGCGUCGGAAGGCCGCAAAAUUUAUUAACGUUCAACCGUUCGGUUGGAAAGAAGCUUUUGCGAGCAAUUAUCUUACGACAAAAUUGCCUUCGAGUUUAAUGUCGGGACCAACAAUACCAUUUGACAUGAUGUUAAAAAUAGUGCUUACGACGACAGAAAAAAAGAUGUGACAAUGCGUUACGACAUGCUUUACUCGUUACAAUGUGUUACGAAGCGCUACGAUCAAGUAUGUCUACGCGACACAUACGCGUCAAUUGACCAAUUAAACGAGUAUCUUUGCAGCAUAUGGAAUAUGGCGAUUUGGAUCGAUCAUACUUUUCAAACUUGAAAUUGCGUCAAACGUUUUCCGCGGAGAAAAUUUCCGUAGAGACGAACAUGUCGAGCGUGACGCUAAUUUAGCCGCGCGUUGUCAGCCUCAUUUCGCGUUGUUUAUUCGUCGAACUCCGUCCGAGAAAACAGUUGUGCCGGCAGGAACUUGACAUUGAACCUGUACAAUAUGUCCCUACAUGACACACGCAUACGCACACGACUCCUCACUUACACACGUGUGCGCCCAUUAAUUCGACCGUAUGCAAAGUAUGUGUAGAGUAUGUACGAAUACGUAGGGAAUGAGCGCUUGCGCUGUAUCCAUGACAACAUGUGGUUCUUACGACCUCUACUUAUUCCCAAGUAGACAAACCAUUAUGGUAUUGUCGCGCGACAACGUCGCAAGAAAGCUCGCUGUUAAAGCUCCGUUGUGAAAGCGUUGUGACUCGUACCGCUUUGUGUCGUCGCCCGACGUAAUUUGUAUCUAGUCAGGUGAACGAAGCAAACUACCGUUUGAGUGUAGUCCUGUGAAUACAGUGUUGGUGGCGACGCGUACACACACAGGUCAUUCGUCGAUCCUCGCGCUCACGUCAGGAAAACUCAGAGACGAAGAGAAUAGAGUAGAGAGAUAGAGAGAGAGAGAGAGAUAGAGAGAGAUAGAGAUAGAGAGAGAGAGAGAGAGAGAGAGAGAGAGAGAGAGAGAGAGAGAGAGAGAGAGAGAUCUUUUUAAUCUUGGUUUUGUUUUGUCAAGUACGUCUCCAUACAAUCGUAUAUUGCAUCUGCGAGAUUCGGUCAUGUUUUAGGAGUCAUUGUCCAAGGUGUAUAGUUUCAUGCGCUGACGACUGACAACUUUUUACGGACUUUGUACGAUGUAUGCGAGUUAGAUUUCACGAGAGAAAGAAAGUGAGAGAGAUAAAAUAUAAAAAUUUUACGUAGAAAAAUUCUAUUCUCAGCUAUUCGAGAAAAUCUAAUUUGACCAACAUACAAGUCAUUUGACGUUUCCUCGAUGUAGAUGAGUUAAGAUAACAUCUCUAUUGAUUUAGUUCUUAUCGAGCUCUUAAAGUUUCAAUCCUACUCGGUGGCUUGGUUUGGUGCUGAUAAAGAAUAUGGGCGUUCGUUAAUCCAUAUAGACUUCCUACUUGAAGCAUCGCGGUGAAUUUGAUGACCAAGUAAACUUGAUUGCACGAUGUAUCGUCGCGAGUAAAUUUUUCGAAAGUCCAAGCAACGUAGAUGUGGACAGUGAUCUUGCUGAGUUUCAUCCUAAAGUGUCUAUUGAAGAAGCUGCGUCGAAUAGAUUCGAUGCAAAUCAACACGUGGCAAGUGCAUACGCCUCCAUCUUUGGGUCGUCGUUUCGUAGGAGAGAAGGUUCAAUUUCACGGAUAAAGCGGAUCGCGCGGAUCGCGCAUCUGGAAGAGAAGCAGUAACGUGAACAAACGCGAUACAAAUCAAUCCAAUGUGAAACAUCCGAUCGAGCGCGGGUGAUCGAGUGAGAUAUAGCGUACGUUGCGCGUGAUUUCUUAGGGUAGAACUCAAGGUGUCGAGCAGCAAGAUGAGUUUGCUCACAGAAAGCAUGUGAGUAAAUGGCCGUGAAAGGAUCGUGCCAGUCUUCGAACGACCUACUAUGGGCAUCUGCCUGGACACUGAUCAACAAAAUGGAUCGCAGGUGUUCGAGGAAGGCGAUGCUCGAGCUACAGGAAGAUGGCGAGGAGAAGCUGGUCUUUUGGCGACGCCACCAGAUGGACAUUUUCCAAAACAGAAUGUCGGUCCUGUCAAGUUUGAAAUACCAAAAGUUCCCGUUAUAUUCGUACUUGGUGGCCCUGGUAGUGGUAAGGUGACAUAUUGCGAUAAUUUGAUACAGGAGAAGAAGGGAAUAACGCACAUCAAUAUGAUGGAUCUUCUUCAGCAAUAUGCACUGGGAAACGAUAUGCAAGAUUUCGGACAACUUAGUAGCAAGACCGUGACAGAAGUACUUAUGCUCGAAAUGAAAAUGUCCCCAGGAGCUAAAGUGUUUCUCGUCAGCGGAUAUCCGCGAAAUAUGCGCGAUGUAGUGGAAUAUGCCGAGAAAAUAAAGAUCGUUAAUGGCGUUAUUCUCGUGUCCUGGAGGCAGGAAGUGCUAGAGAGACAAAUUGACUUCGGAGCGCAACUCGGUCAUGUUAUCAUCGGAUUAGCUAGAAUGGAGUUGCAUAAUUUUUAUAGAAACGUUAUGCCAGUUGCAGAAUAUUUUGAUCAAAGCGGAAUGUUGCUCGAGGUGAACGGAGAGCGUAAUCCGAGUGAGGUUUACGUUAGUUUUCGGGAUGCCGUACUUAGAAUUCUCGAUAUAUCAAGCGGCGAAAUUCGUGAUCAGGAUAUACCUCAAUCCUUGGAAGCCGAAGUCGAAGUGGAGAGAAGAAUAGAAUCAAUUUCAAAUUCUCCACUAGCUAAGCAACAGAUCGUGCCAACCGAAAUAACAUCACCUUCAGCACCAAUAAAUGUAUCAUCGAAAACCGCUGAUAAACCGAGAAAGGGGUUGCCGUCAUUUAUCUGGGUUAUAGGUGGACCGGGAAGUAAUAAAGCGGCUCUUUGCACUGAAGCCGUUCGCAACACGCCCGGUUGGCUACAUGUAAGUAUGGGAGGACUUUUGAGAACGAUGGCGUCAUCGAAUAUGGUUGUGAACGAAGCUAUCGUCUCGGGCGAGAUGGUCCCGCAUGAUAUUGUGAUGCAACUUGUGGAGCAACAGAUACUUUUAAAUCGAGAUUCGGACGGUAUCGUCAUGGAUGGAUAUCCGAGGGACUUGAAUCAAGUACAAGAAUUCGAAAGCAAGUUUGGGCAAGAACCGCCGCUGGUGCUACUCGAUUGUUCAAAGCUGCAACUUGGCAGAGGAAGAUUGGACGACAGUGUUUCGGCAUUUAGAAAAAGAUUGGAACUCUUUCGCGAGGUGUCCUUACCUAUGUUAAAGACAUUAGAUAGCGACAAUCGGUUAACAAUUGUUGAUGGCGACACUGACGUACCUAGCGUGCAGCAGGAUUUCGCUGCCGCAUUAUAUCAAUUGAUACGUCGGGCGCGUCGUACAGAAGAGGAUGAUCUACGUGAUACGAGUUCUCCGGCGAAAGGACACGAUCAAUACCCAAAUGGGAAACAGGUCGAUUAUCAAAAGGAGCGUGCGAUACUCAACGGCGUUCCCAAACAGAUGAACAAGGUGUCUGAUUACGUUGGAAAAAUGACCGAUGCGACAAAAAAUGUAAAUGGAAUCACUGCUCAAGGCGUAGGUGCCAUCUCUAAUGGUGUGUUGAAUAAUAUGAAGCAUAUUCAGCAAAACGGCCAUAUUCAUCAAAACGGCAUCGCGAAUGGCACGACACGUAUGCUACAGAAUGGCGUAGCGCAUUUAGCCAACGGUAUCGCGUCGUCUGACAAAAAUAAAGUCGCGCCAGCGAUGCGCAACUAUUUGCCAAAGGAUCCCAUCAGAAAGAUGUACAACGAGGUAGAAGGUUAUGAGCAGAAUCUUCAUAUGUGA